AUGCGCUGGGUGGCAUCAAGCCCAGUUCCUAUGCCCUCUUCUGCCUUAGAAUUUAACUUUGUACUUUGGGCCUUGUGUUGCUUCCUCUGGUGUAUAUCUAGAUCUGUGAUCAGGUGCAAAGUAAGCAUACAAAUCCUAGAGAAACACAGAAGAGCACUGGAGGUGACGGCGCUGAGCGUUGGCAAGUCCGUUCUCAGUGGAGCGCUUGGCUACGCCAAAUCCGCGUUUGCGGAGGAAGUGGCCUUGCAGCUUGGUAUCAAGAAAGACCAAGCGUUCGUCGCGGAUGAGCUCGAGAUGAUGCAAUCUUUCAUGAUGGAGGCGCACGAGGAGCAAGACAACAGCAAGGUGAUCAAGACCUGGGUGAAGCAGGUCCGUGACACGGCCUACGACGUCGAGGAUAGUCUCCAGGAUUUCGCUGUUCGUUUGCACAGACCAUCCUGGUGGUGUUUCCCUCGCACGCUACUCGAGCGGCGUCGUGUGGCUAAGCAGAUGAAGGAGCUCAGGGCCAAGGUCGACGACGUGAGCCAGAGGAAUGUGCGCUACCGCCUCAUCAAGGGCUCUGGCUCCAAAGCCAUAACUGCCACCGAACAGCCUAGUGCCAUUGCUGCAGCGAUAUUCGGUGUUGAUGAUGCAAGGCAUGCUGCAAGGCAGAACAAUGAAAGAGUGGAUCUCGUCCAACUAAUCAACAAGGAGGAUGAUGACCUUAGAGUGGUCGCGGUGUGGGGAACAAGUGGAGAUAUUGGUCAGACAUCCAUCAUCAUGGCAGCUUACGAGAAUCCAGAUGUAAAAAGAAAAUUUCCGGCCAGAGCAUGGGUUCGGGUGAUGCAUCCUUUCUGCCCAAAAGACUUUGUCCAGAGCUUAGUGAACCAGUUCCAAGCAACCGAAGGGGUUGAAGAUCUGUUGGAGACAGAGAAGACUGGUCAAGAAUUAGCUCAGGAAUUCAAAAAGUUUGUGAAUGAGAAGAGGUGCCUCAUUGUGCUUAGUGAUCUAUCAACCAUUGAAGAAUGGCGUCGGAUCAAGAAAUGCUUCCAAAGUAGUAGCAAGAAAGGAAACCGUAUCAUAGUAUCAACAUCCCAAGUUGAAGUAGCAAGCUUAUGUGCUGGGCAAGAAAGCCAAGCCUCGGAGCUAAAGCAAUUGUCUUCUGAUCAGACACUUUAUGCAUUCUACCACAAGGGUUCCCAAAGUGGAAAGGAUUCAGUUGAGCCAAUGUCUAGCUCAUAUGCAGCCACUACAAGUAUAAACAACCGUACAAUGGCCCCUUGUGAGAUAGUAGAAGAUCAAUCCAAGGAUACAGCUAAAAAGGAGGUCAAAAGGACUCUCACUCGCAUCAGGACUAGCGUUGGUGAUUUGGAGGAAUCACAUCUUAUUGGAAGAGAUAAAGAAAUAAAUGACAUUAUUGACUUAAUUUCAAACAAGAAUAUACGAUUCAGUCAGGCUAUCUCUCUAUGGGGAAUGGCUGGUCUAGGAAAAACCACGCUAGUCAAUGGUGUUUAUCAAAGUCCAAAAAUAAGUGAAGAGUUUGAGAGGCGUGCUUUUGUCACAAUUAUGCGUCCUUUCAAUGCUGCAGAUCUCCUUAGGAGUUUGGUUGUGCAAUUACAAGAAGAGUCUACUACCAAGGAAGAACUGUUGAAAAAUAGUGCCAGCAAGAUUGGAUCGUUAACAACGAUGGGGGUUGAAGCAUUGACUAAUCAAUUGAAAAGACUUUUAGAGAUAAAGCAUUGCUUGAUUGUUCUGGAUGAUUUGUCAUCUAUUGCAGAAUGGGAUGACAUAAUACAAGGGUUUUGUUGGAUUGAAAAGACAACCCGAAUAAUUGUGACUACAAGGAAAGAGAAUAUUUCACACCACUGUUCAGGGAAUGAUGAAACUGUACACAGCCUUGAAGUUCUAAAGGAGGAGGACGCACUCAACCUCUUCAGUCAAAAGGUAAUAUAACAAAUUUUCUCCCCUUUGCUUUACUGAAAUAUAUAGUAUCAUAACAAGUAUUCUAUAGAGGUUAGAGAUGGUUAAAACAUCAUAAGAUUGGACUAGGGCCCAUGCGUCAGGAUCACAAAGGAACAUGUUUACAGUUUUAAAAUUUACUAGUCAUGUGAGCAAUCCAACUGUAUGAUCAAUACUAGCGUGAAUUGUCCAUAUUUCUUUAUUAGCUUAAC